AUGGGCACGAGACAAAUCCAGGUUGCAGACCAAACCCUAGUUAUCCACGAGCUAGACGACGUCAGUGACUCAACAACGGGUCGAGCUCUCACCGGCUCAUGGGUUUGGGACUCGGCCCUUGUCCUAUCCAACUGGAUGGCCACCCAAGGCGCAGUCCACUUUCGCUUCCAAGAUAAGUCCGUCCUCGAGCUCGGUGCUGGGGCAGGACUUCCGGGCCUGACAGCGGCUCGGCUUGGAGCGAGCCGAGUCCUUCUCACGGAUAUGGGGCCACUACUUCCGGGGCUGUUGAGGAAUGUGGAGGCCAACGGACUCGGGGACCGAGUCCAGGUGAGGGAACUCGUGUGGGGAUCGGACGAGUCACCGAGUCAAAUCAGCGAGUUGGACCUAAUUUUGAUGUCUGACGUGUUCUAUAACCAAGAGGAAAUGGUGGGGUUGGCCAAGACGUUGAAGAGCGUGUGCAGCAGAGGUACUACGGUUUGGGCGUCAACGGAGGUCAGGCCAUGGACCGCCGAGUGCUUAAGCGAGUUGGUACAUGAAGGUUUUGGACUCGUUGAGUUACCGAGUCAAAUGGUGGAGGAAAUGGAGGGCUUGGAUUGUUUUGCCAUUUUCCAAGUCAUACCACCACAUGAAGAUAACCAAAGAACUUUCGUUGUCGAGGGCUCUAUCUAA